AUGCUGAAAACAUCUACCCCAUCCGAAGAAUUUACCGAACUUCCCAUCUCGAUCCCUCCACUUCCAUCCUUUCCAGUCGAGGCAGUACACUGGACCUACCUACGACGAAAUUCCCCUAAGGUGCCCACCCCAGAUGAUUCCCGAAGUCUUUUCAUCGCCAACAUUCCCUGCGACAGCACCGUGGAGCAUUUUCGAGCUUUAUUCGCCAGUCUAGUCGGACCAGGUAAAUUCGAGACUAUCACCUUCAAACAUGACGACAAGAAACCCUCGUGGUCUAUCCAUGAACCGGCGCAGGCCACGAGAUUAGCCGCGCACGGGAAGAGGAAGAGAGAGGAGGAAGAGACGCAGCACUUCGAGAUAAAAGUCCGAGCUGCCCUACCUCCAACAUGGUCGCGAAAAGUAUACCCGAGUGGUAGUUCUGCCGUCGCCUUGUUCGCAGACGAGAAAAGCGCUGGGUUGGUUCUGAAAGCUGCCAAGAAACUGAAAAAGCCAAAACAUUAUCCCGUUUGGGGUAAAGGUGUUAGAGAUAUCGAUAUUACGCCUCUAGGUUCUCAAUGGUUGACCGAACAUAAUAAAUUGGCCUUCCCGAACAAGAGUGAAGUUCAAGCCUCGACAGACGCCUAUUUUACUCUAUUUAAUAAGAUGGAGAAAGAGGCGCGCCAGCUCGCCAAGAGGCUCCGCAACGAGCCGGACGAGGAUGGUUUCGUGACGGUCACGCGAGGCGGCCGUGCAGCGCCUGCUAGGAGAGACGAGGCCGAAGAGGCUAAGCAGAAGAUGAUGGAGAGGGAGCAGAAGAAGAAGGAAGAAAUGACAAACUUCUACAGAUUCCAGAUGCGCGAGAAGAAGAAGGCCGAACAAGUUGAAAUGCUGCAGAGGUUCGAAGAAGAUAAGAAGAAAGUACAAGCUAUGAAAGAGAAGCGAGGGAAGUUUAGGCCUGAAACAUGA